UUGUCCAGUUUUUGACGUAAAACAGCUUCAAUUUGCUCCAAUUUCAUUUUUUCAUCGAAGUGGAAUUAAUGUUAAAUUCUUUAUAUGAGUGACAUAACUGGUAAUUGCCAUUUGUUGCUCGUGUCUGUAUCGGUGUUACUCGUUGUCAGAGUUUGUUUCUGAGACGGUGAUCGCACCCAAUCUGUAUGCAACUAUUACGCGUCUCCUCUACUAUGUCUUGCCAAGGAUCAUAUUCGGGCCCCGGGGACGAGUAUGACUUCGAGGACGAUGGGUACGACGACCUGGACGGGUACAGAGACAGAGAAGACACGUUACCAUCAGCACCGCCAGUCGACGACAGUGACGAAGACACAGAAGAAGCCAGUGAGACAGACAUACCAAACAAUGACGAGCCACUUGAAGUUAAGGAACAAUUAUACCAGGAUAAGCUAGCAAACCUGAAGAAGCAGUUACAGCAGUUGGAAGAUGGCAUCCACCCGGAGUUCCUCAGGAGGGUCAAGAGGCUAGAGCACCAGCUGCAUGAGAGGCUCAGGAUAAACAAGAUAUAUAGGGAACACAUGUACGAUGUAGUAGAAAGAGAGUACAUAGCAGAGAAGAAGGCAGCAGCGAAAGAGUUUGAAGAGAAGAAGAUAGAGUUGAGGGAAAACCUGCUGAAUGACUUCGAGGAUAAGAGGAAAAUGAUUGAGAGUGAACGCCACAGUAUGGAGUUAAAUGGAGAUUCUAUGGAGGUGAAGCCCGUAAUGAAGCGCAUCCUCCGACGGCGUGCCAACGAGCCUGCGCCGGCGCCGGAGAAGCGUCGCAAGCCGCUGACGACGACGCUGACGUUCCAGCUGGACGAGCGCGACAUCGACGCCGACCUGCGCGCCAUCGCGCGGCACUCGCCGCCGCGACAUGCGCCCGCGCAUACCCUGCCUAGGAAGCACUACAAUUCUAGUACUUGUGAGUCCCCAGUGCGUGAGAGCGGCGAGACGACGGAGACGCGCGUGGAGGACGGCAAGCUGCUGUACGAGCGACGCUGGUACCAUCGCGGACAGAGCGUGUCCGUCGAGGGACGGGACCUGCCCAAGUUCCCCGGACACAUACAUGCCAUUACUGAUGAGGCGAUAUGGGUAAAGAAAACAAACCUGGAGCGGGUACGGAUAUACAUAUCUCAGUUAGCCCGCGGUAAAGUGACGUUAAAACGACGCGCGUCAUAGACAACAGACCAUAGACUAAGUGUUCAUAGUGCAAACGCUAGAUGUGGAGUGAGUGUCAAGUGGCGGGAAGUGAGAGGCUGCAUACAACACUAUGGUACAUGUUUUUAUACGUGAAAAGUCCUUAGUAAUAAUAAUAUUAAGAGUUUUCGCAAAACUUCAUGACGGUGGUCCACUGAUACCUAAAAUAAGUUUCAUGUAUGGUGACGACAAAAAGUUUGGCGAGAGCUAUUUGAAUGUGAAUUUCACGCAGUUUCCCCUGGAACUUCAAGGAAGGAAAAUUCCAGAAUAUGUUGUUUCUUAGGUCUUCAAAUUAGUAGAACUGCGAAAAAGGAAUGACAUAAGUAUUGCUAUCUUUAAAUAAUCACUGAGUGGGAAAGAGAGCAGGAUUUUUUACUCUCGCUACUAAAGAAGUUUUAAAAUUAAUUUAUUCAACUUGUUGAGUGGAGCAUUUAUUAAGUUUCUCUUUCAAAUUGUGUUUUAAGAGAGACCAACAGUGUGACAGUAACUGGCAAGAAAUAUUGUUAUUCAUUUAGUUUGAAAUAGCAGUACCUUAUGUUGCUAUGUUUAAUCCGGCCUGAAACAAAAUUGAAUGUUCCUUCUUACUAUGAAUGAAUACCAUAGGCCUACGUAUCUAUCAAUAACUUCAAAAGAACAUCACUAAUGUUAACUAAAAGUUGGUGCCAGCUAUCAAUUGAACAUCUUUGGCAUACCCAUGCCUACUGCCAAACUGUCUGGCUUCCAACUAACCAUACCAGUCCACUUUGGUAGGACUGGUCAUUAAACUCUCUGGCUGGAAACAGUGUUCGAACAGUGACGUAGCUAUAUCUGUGCAAGUCUAUGAACGCGCACACAGCUACGCUGACGGUACACGCGAGAUUUUGUAUGUGGUUCGGUCGGGACGUACGGUCAGCACUGACCGUCGGCCGAGCACUGUUUCCAGCCUAAGAUGCAGCCAGUUAGACUGGAAGCCAACCUUAAUUGAGAAGUGGCUAGGCAGAUAGUGUAAAGUGAGACUAACCCAACAUAACUACUAUAGCUUAUCACGAAAUUAUUACUUGGCAAAACUCUUUAGACAAAAUUGGACAUGAAAUUAUAUUAUACAUAAGUAGUUACGUAAAAAAUAUAUUUUUUUAUUUGAUGUUUUUAAGUUUCGCCAAGUAAAUUUAAAACAGCGAGGUAAUUAAUCUAAGUAAUAAAGAUCUGCCGAGCGUUUUUCCGAUUAUGUUGGAGUCGGCUUCCAGUCUCACCGCAUGCAGAUGAGUACCAGUGCUUUACAUGGAUUGACUGUUUUUGGCUGUAGGUCAUAUUCAUCAAUUAAUCUAUGAAUUGGGAUCAUAAUGGCAUCCACCCGAAACAAAACUUCUAACAAUAGGCCUAUAGUCCAGACAUUGUCAAAUAAGUUUAUAUUAAUUCCAUAUUCCAAUAAUAUCACAAAUAAGGUCCAUUUCAUUAAACUAUACUCAAGCAAACACAUGCUCAAAAUGAAUGAACUUUGAACAGUAUCCACCUUAUAAAAUGUGGUUUUAAAAAGUACUGGGUUUGGUACUGAAUUUAGAGCUUCGACGAUGGUUUGUACCUAGUACUAAAGUCGGCACUUUCUCAAGACCAAGAUUUUAAUAAGGUGGUAUAGGUUUUGAGCAUGAUUGGCUAGUAUGAAACCAUGCUUGACUAAUAAUCAUAAAUAUGUGGGCCUAGAAUGACUCCUGAUCUCAAAACUCAAGCACAAUAAUUACUGUACGAAUUUUGUGUUAUGUAUAUGAGGGUAAUUCUGAUAUACUGUGGAGGUCUACCCAAUGAUGUAAAUAAGGAUAUACCAUGUAUUUUGUUACUUUAUAUAUUAUUAUUCGGUUACCAGAAUGAAUGAAAUAUGAGACGAUCGUUGUCCGUUGUUUCUAAUUGAUUGUAACGCUCCCCGUGUGAGGUACACGAAGAAAAAAUCUUUGAAAAAUAAUCGAAAUCUGUUCAAUCCAGUUUCAUUUUCAAACGGCAGUGCUUAGCAUAGAAAUUACGAGCUUAUAUUGUAAGUGUAUGAUAUUGGUAAUUUACAAAAGAUUCAUAGAAAUCGAAUUGAAACAUGUAUUUUUACCCAACUGCGAUAGAAGGAGGGUUUUGUUUUUAAUAGAUUGUAAAUCUCUGAUCUAUAAUUGUUUGAAUUUAAUACAGUGGACCUCCACUUUUGAAAGUGAUUUAAUUUAUCGAUAUUGAAACUGUACAUAAAUUAGGAACUUAUUGUCCUCACAAAUGUUUGUCUUUAAAAAUUCGCUGAGGUUGAUAUUAUAGAAAAAAAAAACUCAAACAUAGAUCUUGUCUUGUACAUAGAUCGGAGCUUUUCAGUUGAAUCUAAUUUUUAAUCGUGUCUAAGUUUUGAGUACAGCUCUAUAAUAUCGAUCUUAGAUUUUGAAAAUGCAGGAUUUGUAACGGAGAUAUGUAUUUCACGAAUCUAUCUCCAAAACCAUGUACAGUAAAGGAAUUCUUUGACUAUCUACGACUCAAAAUGCAGUAUUGAAACAUGUAAAUAAUGUACAUUGUAUGUAGUAUAAUGAUCAAAUGAGGUUCUAUGUAAAUGGAGAGGAGAUUUUGUACUGUCCACUUUAUUUCAGAUUGUUUUUUUUAUAUAUAUUUUUGUGAUUUAUUACUAUUGUAAAUGAGUUGUGAAUUGAGAUGUAAAUAGUAUGAGAAGUUUUUACGUAUGUAAAUGAUAUUGAGACAAGAUCUUUUAAUUAUAUUGUAUGAUAAGUC